AUGGAGCACUUGAGCAAAGCUUUUGCAGCCGUUACCAGAGUCAGCGAGGUCAUUAGCCGAACGGCACAGUCUGCGCAGGAGCUAUUGAGGGACCAGGAGCUUAGGAGCAAGGGCAUCCAGACCGUGCUGACUGGAGCGCAGACUCGUCUGCAAGGAAUACAGAACGGCAUCGCGCAGCGUGCUGGGAGGAUUCAGGAGCGGCUACUGGAUAAGCGGCGGCAGCUGCAGGGGUUUCUGAUGUUGCUUCACAGUCUGGAGGAGCGCUUCAACGCCACUCAGCGUGCCUGGCAGCUGCAGGCGCGCAGGAGGGACCCCGUGGAUGUGCAGUUCGGGAGGCAGGUCUUUGAAAAUGCACCGCAGUGCGAGCACCCUGGGGCCGUACAAAACAUGUUAAUGGACGAUGAUGAUGACGUGGACGAUGAUGACGCGAAUGACGGUGGUGGCAAUCUGCUGGACGGCGGAGGUGGAGGCGGAGGCACACCAAGCCUGACCCGUGGGUCAGUGAGCAGCGUCCGCGACUCGGGCGGUGCUGCCGCCAUUCCCAGCUCAGGCAGCACCGCCAGUCGUUUCGCGGCCGUAGCUGCGGCGCUGGGUUUUGCUCGUCCCAUCUCCGGAAGUGCACUGCCAGGAAGUCCCAGCGCUACCUCUCUGAGCAGUCUGUCUCGUCGGGAGCGCAGCGUCUCUGGCAAGUUCGCCGCCGCCGACACGGCCUCGGAGGCGGCCCAGCAGCAGCAGCAACAACAACCCUACACACCCGUACACACACGAACACAUCAGAUCAUCAGCGGCGCCAAUCCGUCAUCACCACCGCCGCCGCCGCCGUCCUCGUCACCCGCGGGGGGAGCGGCGGGUCCUCCGUCGGUCAGGACGUCCCGGGGAGCUGCGGCCGGCGGCAUCUUGGACGACGGCUGGGAGCUGGUCGGUGGCGUGUGGGGUACGACAGAUGCCUCGGGACUUCCGGGCUCGGAGCCGUUGGUUUCGGGGCCGACUGGCGGUCCACCCCAGCCCGAAGCGAUUCGGAUCAUCUUGGAGCGCUUGGAUGCGCUGGGUCACCUCGCCCUGGACGAGUCUGGCAGUGACCCGGUGCUGGUGGCUCAGCAGGCUGUGCUGGAGGCCAUGAUGCAGGUGCCUUGGGAGGGCGGUGUGGGGUUGCCGGCGGACUACCCUGCAGAGAGCCGCUUUGCAGUGCUCAACGAAAUGACCGCAGGCCAGGAAGAAGUGGACGAUUCUAUUCUGCGAGACAUCCACCGCACCUUUCCGGAGCAUCCGUACUUUGGAAUGGAGGCGGGACAGAGGUCUCUGUUCAGGGUCCUCAAGGCUUAUUCCCUACAUGACCUGGAGGUAGCAUAUUGCCAGGGCAUGGCUUUCAUGGCAGGUGUUCUUCUGAUGUACGUGCCGGAGGAGAUCGCGUUCAGGUUGUUUUGUCGGCUUAUGGACCCCGAGGGGCCCAAUCUACGCCGCCUGUACCUGCCGGGGCUGGACCCGCUCAAGGCGAUGCACCUCUCAGAGUACGGCCUUCCUCCCGUACUGUACGUCAGUCAAUGGCUUAUGACGCUCUUCGCGACGCCCUUCCCGCCGGCCUUCUGUGCCCGAGUCAUAGAUGUGCUGUUGCAGGACGGUCACGAUCGGUUGCUGCUUCGAUGCUCCUUCGCAAUCAUGGAGGUACUGGAGCCUGGACUGCUUGCCCGACAUGACUUCGAGGCGCUUAUCACGUACCUCAAGGUGUUGUUAGUGGUGGUCGUGGUCGUGAUGGAACCGGUGACCUGGGGUCUGGGUCGCCAACGGGCCAUCAUGGAGCGAGCACUGGCAAGCCCCCUCACGGACGCGGAGAUAGACGUGGCGCGGGAUACGGUGGCGAACCGCAAAUUCCUGGCGGCGGCGCUGGCGGCGGGUAGUACGUCGGGGUCGGCUGCCGCAGGUGGCGACGCGGCGACGGCAGCACCGGAGGUACUAGGUAGCGGCGGCAGCAGUAGCGCCGCCACCGCCGCCGAAGCGGCGGACCCGUCAGCGGCGAUGCACCAGCGGAAACUCAGCCUUGAGGCGGAAGUGGAUGCGGCGCUGGAAGUAGCAGCAGCGGCGGCGGCGUUGACGGCGGCGGCUGAUGUCGGCGCUGCUGGGUGCAGUCGCGGCGGUUUACGGGAUUGGGACGCGGACGGUCGCGGUGGAGCGGGGGCGGCAGGGGUCUGUGCUGCGCGCACCGCCGCACGGGGCCGAUUCGGUCCCGAAGGUGGCGACAUGAUUUCGUUUGAGGAGGAGGAGGGCACGAGCAGGUUUGGUGCUGCUGGCAGUGCCGGCUACGCCUCAGCGGCAGCGGAGUUGCCCAGCUGCAGCGGCGGAGGCAGCUCUGCGCCGCCGCCAGGGGGAGGCUGGGAACCGGAGUGGCCCGUGGGUCAUCAGAUGUCAGGAGCGGGGUCACACCACCACAGCGGCGUGGAGCCAGCUAGCAGCUCCACCGCUACCGGAGCAACGGCGGCGCGGCGACCCUGCGGCAGCGGCUGUCCAUCUUACGGCAUAUCGCCGUCGCUCCUAGACGAUUUGGACUUGGGCUGUGGUGGCGGCGGUGCCGCUGCCAUCGCUACGGGACGUAAGGCCCCGGAUCUAGAGUACGGAGAGUACGGGGAGAUGCUUAUGGACGCCGGUGUUCUGCUGCCGGAG